AUGUCUAAUGAUUCUAAAACAAUCACUGAAAAUAACUCAAAUAUAGAGCAAAUGAAAGCUAAAUCUGCACCUAUUGCUUCUUUAUUAAAGUCGUCAACAGAGAUUUUAAAAACACAAAUAUCUGCCCCUUCAUACUUUCAUUCCUUAAAGGAGAAUGAAGCACCCCCAUUUAGAAAACCAGAAAAAGAAAGAAUACCACAUUUAUUGAUAGGUACUAUAGUUACCGAGGAAGAUGUUGUAGAGAUGAUUGCUGCUUAUAGUGAUUAUGGCUUAAAUAAACAUAUUGGGAAAUACCUCAUAAAUAAGAAUAUAGUUCCUAAUUAUAAUCUGCCUGAAAAAAAACUCCUUGUUAGUUUAGUGAUGGAAUGUAUAGACUAUGGGGCACAGCGGGACUUCCCAGUAUUUAAACUAGCGUGCCUGUUGACCAUAUAUCUGACUACCCAUUUACAUUUUAAAUUUUACUACUGGCUUUCACCUAUAGCUGUAUGGAAUUUUUUCAAGGAAGUGAUGAUACGCCACACUGUAGAGGAUUCUCCAGAUGGACAAGAAGUAUUUAGCCCAGAAGAAUGUUAUGACAUAUUGUCACAUUUUCAUACAAUAUAUCUAAGCAAUUUACCAUUAAUCCAUAUUCUUACCUUUGGUGUUUAUCGUUUAAAAUUCAUGUGGCCCUUCAAGCAUAAA